CUACAGGAGGUGGAUGUGCCCGUGGUUGGAAACAGUAAGUGUAACUGCCUUUAUGAAGAAUCAAUAACAGACAACAUGAUGUGCGCUGGACCGUUGGAAGGUGGAAAAGAUUCUUGUCAGGGUGACUCUGGAGGUCCAAUGGUCAUCAAACAGGGCUCUAAAUGAAUCCAGGGUGGCACUGUGAGUUUCGGUGAAGGUUGUGCUCAGCCUAAUUUUCCUGGCGUGUACACCAGAGUGUCUAAGUACCAAAACUGGAUCAAUCAGCAUGUCGGCUUGAAUAAUACGGGUUUCAUCCAUUAUGCCUCCACUACUCCCAUUCACAGUGAGACCUGUCCUACUCAACCGCCAUUGUGUGAAGGUUCUGCAGGUUUAUGGCCAUGGAUGGCUAGUGUAACUUAUAACAAUUAUCCGAUGUGUGUAGGAACUUUGGUCUCUGACCAAUUCGUCAUGACCUCUGCUAGCUGCUUAGCCAGAUUCAUGGGUAUGAAUGGAUGGGCAGUCGUCCUCAAUGUUGUCCAAUGGGGAUGCUCCAGCAUGCCAGUGGAAGUUAAUGUGACAAAUGUCUUUUUCAAUGAUAUUUUUGGCAAUGGUGUAGCACUCCUGCAAUUGUCUCAUCCAUUUAAUCAAGUUGGCAAUUUAACGGUUGACAUGUAUAGUCCAAGCUUUGGCCCUGGUACUCAAUGUUCAGUAAUUGGUUGGAGCCCAGCAGAAGUUAUGUUAAACCUACCUUUUCAGGAAUUCCAGACCACCAUUGUAAACUGCGAUCCAUCAGACACCACAGAGAUCAACAUCUGCACAGAGGGUUUGAACUUUCAGCAGGACGAUAACGGCAGUCCUCUGCUGUGUAAAAUGGGCGACAUGUGGGUUCAGACUGGUAUUCUGUCCAUUCCCCCUGGCAGUGAGAUCAGCCCAUACUCCAACAGCACUUCAUCCACAACAGUCUUCAUCCAGACCUCUCCCUUCUCCUUCUUCCUGACUAACACUAUCUACAACAUCCCAUCUAUUCUGGAUGGGGCAGAGUCAUUCUCGCCCCUCUCUCUCACCUACAUCCUUCUGCUCUCUCUCCCAGCACUCCUCCAGGCCUUUUACUGAAGCAGCCAUCUGUCACUUUAUCAAAGAAUAAACAUAUUCAGUACAUUAUAUGGGACAUUAUAGGCUAUUUGCUCUUGUAUUCGAUAUAUAGCU